AUGGACCUGGGAUAUCCUCUUCUGGUAUAUCAUAAAAAUCCCUGGGUGUCAAUUGUUGAGUUAUGGGAAAACAAUAGAUUUCAUGAGCAUGCAACUGCUGAAUUUGUUCUCUCUGAAAUAAAUGGAAUGCAUAAUGAUUAUCUUUUGACUGUGCGUGAUGCCAGCUGCAUCUCUCAACCUCAAAGCUGGAUUUCUUUGCUAGAGGAAGAGGAGUCUCCAGAUCCACAUACUGGAUGGAACAGAAGAAACUACAUGAGCUGCAAGGAUAGGAAGGGACCUCAAUUACAGUGGCCCUUAGUCAAGUAUCAGAAUCUUGAUGGAGAUAAAAAUAAGAUCAUUUUCCCUCCCUAGAAUAGUCUCUAUAUCUUUAAAGCCGCUGUAGUGGAUACAUUUUACAGUUAUUGUGAUUUAUCCAUAACUUUCGCAGUAUAUGUCUACAGUGCUUUUCCCAGGAACCAUCUACCUUUUUGGGCAUCACUGACAGUCUUCCUGAUUUUACCUCUGAUUUUUACAAAAUGCUUGUUAUCUCAUUUGUCACCAAGAAGUGAGAUGCAAAUGUUAAAGUAUUUUGACUGA